AUGUCCGUUAAAUUAAGCAUCAGUUUUAACCUAUUAGGAAAAAUCGAUUUUUCUCGGCAACAGAAAGGAAUUCUCGGGAAAGCUCUCCAUAGAUNGCUAACAGCACGAGUUAUUCCAGAAGGUAGUUUGCAGAAUGAUGUCUUAAAUCCGAAUCGGCCGAUUUAUAAUACAACUGACACAAAUAAUCGUCUUUUAUCUAUUCUCAAUACUUAUUCUCAAAAAUAUCCCGAUGUCGUCGAUAUUGUUCAAUGGAAUUUCUCGCAUCUUGGUCUUACUGAUGUUUUCUCAACACGAUAUUUCCAAGUCGAAGCUCUACAUGAUUGUCUCAUACGCUAUGGUGAUCAGUCAGAUUGGUUAGGAAUGAUAGAUCUUGAUGAAUAUAUUAUACCUCUUCCUCCGUAUGAAACUAUUCCUGAUUAUAUACAUGAGAAUUACGGUCGACGUAUUAUUGGAUCGAUCAAUCUUUGGAGUCAAUUCUUUUGUACGAAAGAUACAAAUAGUUAUUCGCUGACAGAGAAUGAUACAAAUCGUUUGACUAUCGAACGAUUUACAUAUCGAGCAACAAAUUUACAUAGAAGCGGACGUGAAAAGUAUUUGUAUCGACCGCGAUUUCUUCAAUAUUUGUCGAUUCAUCAUCAAGUAAUUGGACUUUCUAAAGAACAACCUUCAAAUAAUCACAUUCGAUUAGCUCAUUACGUAUCAAUGAAUGGACUACGUGUAAUGCCUGGUUGUGAGAAAAAUAAAGUUGUAGAAGAUAAAAGUAUUCGUGAUCGAUUUGCGAAUCGAACAAAAACUGCGAUAACAAUUUUAAUGAAACAUAAUUAA